AUGCAAGUUGCACCUCAUAAGCACACUGCGCUAUUGGCUCUUCCUGCAGCCACGUCUCCAGUCGCCUUUCCCCCAUCAACUGCCGUGAUUCGAGAAGGAUGGGUGUUGAAGAAGAGGCGCAAGAAAAUGCAAGGUUUUGCCCGUCGCUACUUUGUGCUAUAUCAAUCUGGCCUCUUGUCUUACUCGUUUGAACCUGGAAAACCCUCUCGAGAUCAGAUUGAGCUCCCGCAUGCUGCCAUCUCGACUGCUCGUGGUCAGAAAGACAUACAUAUUGACUCGAACAACGCCACAUUUCACAUCAAAUGUUUGAACACUGAGGACUUUGAUGAAUGGAUGGUCUCUUUUCGGCAGUUUAUUGCGCCGCCAGCGGACGCGAGGUCAUUGGGUCGACGUUCUUCGGUUGGACGGGGCAUAUGUCUUGCAGCACAUGCUCCCUCUGGUCCAACGACGCCGCCGGAUCAAUCCGACAGUCGUCCUUCGUCUACGCUAUUACCUUUUGAUCGUGUCCAGGCCGCCUUGGCUGCGCUAAAGUCACAGCAGGCAGCUCUGGCCAAGUUAUUACCAGCUUUGCCUCAAAUUGACACUACUAAUCCGCCGACUGCACAUGGAUCACCACUUCCUACCACCGCCGAAGAAGAAUAUCGCCGUAGCCCAAGUCCCGUGAAGCUCAACAGCGCCAUUGGACGGAGAAAACGAGCAUCCACUGUAGCAUCUGUCAGUGAUGGUGGUAGUGUAUUCUAUGACGCCGAGGGCGAGACGGAGGGUGCGCAGGAGUUCGUUCUGGAUACAACGCUGCCGACGGAUUAUGAAGCCGGCAUGGAUAGCAGGAUCACCACUGCUGAUAGCCGGAGCGAUGAUUAUCACGGCUCAGAUGCUUCUGAUACGGAUGAGGAACAAGUAGCUCACGGGCCAUCACCAUCAAAGGACGAGAUGGAGCUCGCUCGCCCUUUGGAGAUUGUACGACGAACUCAACUGCCUACGGGUCCUGUUGGUGACGAAGGCAGCUUGUUCGCUGUGCUCAAGAAAAACGUUGGAAAGGAUCUCACGAGCAUUGCUUUCCCGGUAACAUUCAAUGAACCCUUGACACUUUUACAACGUGCAGCCGAGGAGGUGGAGUAUCAUAGUCUAUUGUCCGAGGCUGCUCGCGCACAGGACCCUGUCGAACGCUUCUGUUAUAUUGCCGCGUUCGCGGUGUCUGGCUAUGCGCAUACAAAGCAUCGUUCGAGCAGAAAGGGCUUCAACCCCAUGCUUGCGGAAACAUUUGAGGAUCCGAGGAUGAAGUUCAUCUCUGAGAAAGUCUGUCAUAAUCCAGUCAUCCUUGCAUAUCAUGCCGAGGGCGACGGCUGGGAGAUGUUUGCUACGUCCUCGGGAAAGACAAAAUUCUGGGGCAAGAGCCUGGAAAUUAUUCCUAUUGGUACAAACCAUGUCAAGAUCGGUGAUGAUCAUUAUCAAUGGAAGAAGCCUUCGUCAUUUAUGAGGAAUCUCAUGAUGGGGACGAAGUACCUCGAGCAUACGGGAAAGAUGACUAUUGAGAAUGUCUCCACGGAUGCGCGAUGCAUCGUCGAGUUCAAAGAGAACGGUUACUGGGGAAUUUCGAACUUGGUGUCUGGCACUGUCCAUUCGUCUUCCGGGGCGAUCGAUGCGAUCAUCGAAGGCAGAUGGGAUGAAUCCCUCGCACGCAAGCUUGGUCCUUCGCAUCUUCAUGUCCUCUGGAAGAUCUCCACUUUCCCGAAGAAUGCCCUCGACUACUACGGCUUCACUUCUUGGGGAAUUACGCUAAAUGAGAUUACCUCGGAUUUAGCGGGUAAGCUGCCUCCUACAGAUUCACGAUAUCGCCCAGAUGUCCGGGCCCUUGAAGAGGGCAAGCUAGACUUAGCUGAAUCCGAGAAAACACGGGUCGAAGAGUUGCAGAGAGAACGGCGAAGGCAAGGGAUGAAUCGGUCUCCAAAGUGGUUCAAGCAAGUGGGCGAUGAAUGGGAAUAUGUGGGCGGAUACUGGGAACAACGUGCCAAGGGUUGGAAGGACAUAGACCCUCUUUGGUAG